AUCCAUAUAGUACAAAGUAUGGCUUCGAUUUUGCCUGCUUCCAAUAAAGCUAUGAGAUCUGACCGGAAUACUUAUGUUGGAAAAAGUUUUGUUCAUGUUAAAAAUCCUUACCUGGACUCUAUGGAUGAAGACAUUCUCUAUCACUUGGAUUUAGGAACAAAAACACACAAUCUACCAGCAAUGUUUGGGGAUGUAAAGUUUGUCUGCGUUGGUGGGAGCCCCAACAGGAUGAAAGCGUUUGCACUGUUCAUACAUAAGGAGCUCAGACUGGAGGAAAGCGGAGAAGAAAUAAAGGACAUCUGUGCCGGGACAGACAGAUAUUGCAUGUACAAAAUUGGUCCCGUGCUCUCCAUCAGCCACGGCAUGGGGAUCCCCUCCAUUUCUAUUAUGCUUCACGAACUCAUCAAAUUACUGCACCAUGCCCAGUGCUGUGAUGUUACCAUGAUCAGAAUCGGUACAUCAGGGGGAAUAGGGGUCGCACCGGGGUCCGUUGUAAUAACAGAUACGGCUGUAGACUCCUUCUUUAAGCCCAGAUUUGAACAGAUAAUCUUGGACAACAUUGUCACCCGAAGUACCGAACUUGACAAGGAACUGGCUGAGGAACUAUUCAACUGCAGCAAAGAAAUUCCCAACUUCCCAACCCUCAUUGGACAUACGAUGUGUACCUAUGAUUUUUAUGAAGGCCAGGGUCGACUAGAUGGAGCACUGUGCAGCUUUUCCAGAGAAAAGAAGGUCGAUUACUUGAAGAGAGCAUACAAAGCCGGAGUCAGGAAUAUCGAGAUGGAAUCUACAGUAUUUGCAGCCAUGUGUAGACUGUGUGGCCUAAAAGCUGCUGUGGUCUGCGUGACACUUCUGGACAGACUGGAAAGUGACCAGAUCAACUUGCCCCAUGAUGUCCUGGUGGAGUACCAGCAACGGCCUCAGCUCCUAAUCUCCAACUUCAUCAAACAGCGCCUUGGACUUCGUGACCAGAGGUCAUAA